CUCGCCCUACCAAAGGUUUGUAGGAGUGUUCAUCAGUGGUCGUUCUAUGGCGAAUGAAAUGACAAAGCGGAUUUCAAACGCUCACACAUCGCUAUAGAUCCAAUAGAAUCUCGGCAAUCGUAGAUAAUAUGACUAUGUCGGCUUUGAAAUUUGCCUCCAAUGUUAGGCUUUCAACAAUCAGAUCAUGCAGGCCGUAGGGCUGAGGCUGAGCAGCUGUCAUUUUUGCCAAGCGGACUCAUUCCGCAUGGCAAUAGUGACAUCCCGACUUUCUGCAGUUCCUGCUUCCAAGCAGCAGAUGGACGGGCCGCCACCCAGAGCACUUUCAGACCCAAUAGGAGGAUAGCGGGACCCGAAGCCGAGAGAAGGGUGCUGUGUAAGCAAGCUGGAAGAUCCAACAAUGGUCUAGACAGAUAGAAGAUUUUUCUCGGAGACAAAGGUCGCUGGGCCUUUAGGAAGAUU